GCGCACAUUGUCCAAGUAGAAAAGCCGCCGUUUGCGUUGUGUGUUGAUUUAAGUCGGAGGUGAUUUUCAUUUUUCACGCAGUCAUGGUAGAGUGGACAGACGCCGAGCGCAACGCCAUCUUGUCCCUGUGGGCAAAAAUCGAUGUGGCCGACAUCGGACCCAAGGCUCUGAAAAGGCUGCUGGUCGUUUUCCCGUGGACUAAGAGAUACUUCCCGUCGUUUGGAAACCUGUCCACCGACGCCGCCAUCAACUCGAACGAAAAGGUCAACGCGCACGGCAUUAAAGUGUUGUCCGAGCUGGACAAAGCCGUGAAGAACAUGGACGACAUCAAGAAUUUAUACUCUAAGCUGAGCGUGUACCACUCUGAGCAGCUCCACGUGGAUCCUGACAACUUCAGACUUCUCGCGGAGUGCAUCACUGUGGAAGUGGGAGCCAAGUUUGGCACCGCUAAAUUCCCCCCUGGUUUUCAGGCGGCCUGGGAGAAGUUCCUGGAUGUGGCUGUGGCCGCCCUGAGAAAACAGUACCACUAACCACUGAAAAAAAAAAACAUGUCCACGAUGCACUUGCCUCGUGACUGUCGCCAACUCUUCAAAUAAAUGAAUGAAUAAAUAAAAAAAA